AUGCGGCCAAAUGACCUCCUGUGGCUGUUCUUCGUCUUCUCCGCCACCGUCUCGCAGGCCACCGCCGCCGGUCUGCACGAUGCGCUCACCGCCGUCAACAUCGCCAACCUCCUCUUCACCCUGUGUCAGCUCUUGUGCGGCCCCCGUCACCUACUUCAUGGGCGCAUGGUCGGCGCCGCCCUCGCCGACGCCCCCCUGCGCUGCGCCGCCGUCGACCUCCUCCACAUCCCCUGGCCCACCGCCGCACAGAACCACUCCACAGCCUCCUGCGGCACCUACCUGGCCCCGUACAUUCAGCGCGCGGGCGGCCGCGUCCUGAGACCCAAUACCACGGCAGCGGCCGGCGAGAAUUGCAUCUUCUGCCCCGUAACGGACAUGAACACGAUGCUGGCGCAGCUGGGAAUUGAGGUCGGCAUGCGCUGGCGCGAUCUGGGCCCCUUCGCCGUAUAUCUCAUCAUGAACAUCGCCGGGAUCUUCGGGUUGUACUGGCUGACGCGCGGCCGGAGAGCGAGUUGA